AUGGGCGGAGGAGACCCUCAGACACAAUUGACACAGCAGAGAAUGGAGGCCGCGAGAUUUCGGGUGAUGGACAAAAGAAUAUCUGCUCGGGAGAAGAAGCUGGCCGAGGAGAAGAAACAGGUUCAGAGGGACCUUCAGCAUCAGCAUGGCCAGAAGCGUAAGCGCCACGAAGAGCAGACCGAAGAAGCCGAGGGCAAGAGCAACAAGAGACAGCGUGUCGUCGGUCCUCUAUCGAAUACCGUCCCUACUUCCAUUCCAGCAACCUUAUCGAGAAAGCGAAAUCGCGAGGAGCACGAAGAAGAGAACGAGGUGGCAGAUGCACGCCCAAUCAAUACCAAGCGCCAAUGCCGCGAUCGAGUACCAGACAAUAAGCGUACCCGCUGA